GGUUGGCAGCCAAGGGGCGGUGCCUGUGAAUCCCUUCACCAUGCGGGCAUGGUAGACUACCACAGCCCAUCACCUCGUCUUUCGUUCAACCUUGAAUCAUUUAAAGGGGCCAUUCCCCCCCUGAGAAUCUACCAUCAUGAACUUUCUCGACUCGCCUUCACAAACAAAAAAUCCACAUGGCGACAUUGCCAGCUCAUCAAGAUGUCGCCAGAUGUUCACCGUCCCCAAAAAUUAUGCCGCCACCAGUCACACCUAUGCGUACUUCUCAGCACUCUCGUUACUAUCUUCAUCGCUACAAUCAGGUUUGCCAUAUCUGUGGACAAGACACCUCCCGAGAGAGCAGAUAGCAGCCACGAUUGCGGACGCAACGACGACCCAGUAUUUUGGCAGCUCGUUAUCAGCAUUGUAUUUCAAAAUUCUCUGUUUCUGAUUACUCUCAUAUUGAUAAUGAAUCAUCUGAGGGGCUCCAUCAAUCUCAACAUCGUCGGCUUCUACGGAUGUGUUGGAGUGAGCGUUUUCGCACAGACCGCCGGGGUAAUCGUGUAUGCUACUGCCUGCAGCAGCGAGGCCUUGCAGACAGGUGUGUCGUUGGGUUCUCUGGCGAAUAUCAUGGUACAUGCAGCACUUGUCCAGCUGUUGGUGUCAAUGGGAAUAAAGUAG